CGUUUUGCACCGUUUUGUCGGGGCUGAACGCACCCCUGGUCUGCUUUCGCGGGAACUUAAGAGGACAGCGCCACUGUCUUCACGAGCCUCGUUUUAAACCGGAUGUAAGUGUAGCGGCGGCGGCAUCUACUUAAGGCGCUCGCUAUUGCUAGGCGACGGGCUUUUUGCGUGACCCGUUUCGAGCUCCAUCCAGGGUCGCCUCGUCAUUGUAGCGGCUCCCUCUCCACUCACAUCCUCCUCGACAGCCCUCUCCUCCCGCUGCUCUGCAUCCCUCCACACACAUUGCAGGUAGACAGACGACCUAGAAAAUGUCUCACGCGGGGAAUCCGUUGGUGAUAAUAUUCGGAGUCUUGAUGCUGCAUUCGGGCUCCGCUCAGAACGCGGGGUUUGUGAAGUCGCCCCUCUCUGAGACUAAGCUGACGGGCGACACGUUUGAGCUGUACUGUGACGUUGUGGGUAAGCCCACACCUGAGAUCCAGUGGUGGUACGCAGAGGUGAACAGGGCCGACAGCUUCUUCCAGUUGUGGGAUGGCGCGCGCAGGCAACGCGUGUCCAUCAACACAGCGUACGGUGUCAAUGGUGUAAGCGUGUUAGCCGUCACUCGCGUCACCAUCGAGGAUUCUGGGAUUUAUGAGUGCAGGGCCAGUAACGACCCACGGCGUAACGAUUUGCGGCAGAAUCCGUCCACUACCUGGAUACGAGCCCAGGCAACAGUUUCCGUGUUGCAGAAACCAUCAAUUGAGUCAACGGAUCACAUGAUUCUACCCAUGGGUUACCACAUCCCACCAAUCACGCUUCAGUGCAACCUUACAACUUCCCAAAACAACCACCAUGAGAGCUUCUGGAUGAAGAAUGGGGAGGAGAUCUCUGACACAAGGGGUGAAGCCAAGAGCACAGAAUACAAACUUAAUAAACCAAGGCCAGAGGAUUCGGGCGAGUAUAUGUGUGUGUACACAUUCGAUUCGGCCCCUGCGGCAAAUGCCACUAUUGAAGUCAAAGCUGCACCAGACAUCACGGGGCACAAGCGCAGCGAGAAUAAGAAUGAGGGUGAGAGAGCUGUCCUCUACUGCAAAUCUGUGGGUUAUCCUUAUCCCAUGUGGACCUGGCGUAAACUUGAUAACGGCAUCAGUAUGGAUAUUGACAACUCCUCUGGCCGCUUCUUCAUCAGCAGCAAGGAUGGCUACACCGAGAUGUCCAUCAUCAACCUAGACAUCACCUCCGACCCUGGAGAGUACGAGUGCAAUGCCACUAACAUUAUCGGCUCCAACUCCAUGCCAUCAGUUCUGCGUGUCAGGAGCCGCUUGGCCCCCCUGUGGCCCCUGCUGGGAGUCCUCGCCGAGAUCAUCAUCCUGGUGCUGAUCAUUGUCAUCUACGAGAAGCGCAAGAACCCUGAUGAUGUUCCUGACGAUGACGAACCAGCUGGGCCAAUGAAAACUAAUUCCACCAACAACCACAAAGAUAAAAACCUACGUCAGAGAAAUACAAAUUGAUUUCAUCAUUACAAGAUAAAGACAUUCACAUCAUGACCAUAUGAACGUUAAUCAUGAACGGUUCAAUGCAUUGGUAAACAAAUC